UGUGCUUUUAUUCUGAAGGGCACAGUCGGAAAUCCAUAGUCGAAGUAUGAAGCUCCAAACUCAGAUGCUAUGAAGUUGAACGCCAGUAAAUACCAAUUUGAGACCUGAAUUCGUAAUGGCGUUCCAUUUGAAAGACAGAGAAGCCUACGAAAGACUGAACUAUCUGUACCAGGCUGCUCACUGUGUCUUAUCUCAAAACCCAAACAACGUGGAGCUGGCUCGGUUCUACUGCUUCACACAGAAAACGAUAGCAAGACGGCUGGUUCUCAGGCAAGAUCCAUCAGUGAAGAGAACUGUGUGUAAGAAAUGCUGCUCACUGCUCAUCCCCGGUGUUACUGCCACAACAAGACAGCGGAGAAAAAAAAAAAAGAAUCGCUUUACUGUUGUGAGGUGUCUCAGCUGCGGCCAGACCAAGAAUCUACUGAAUAAUCCAGAUCAUUGUUUGUGGGCGGACCGACCCGAGGCGCAGCUGGAGCAGCGGAAACAAUCUGAUCCAGGAUCUUCAGCUAAAAAUCAGGCUAAAUGCCCAAAAGCUGAUGGGUCCCAGUCUUCGAAAACACUUGAUGCUCAGAGUUCUACCAGCGCAUAGGUUUUUUUUUCCAAAUAGAAAGCAUAAUUUGGAUAAAUAAAGUGGCUAAGAAGUUGUUUUUUU